CAGCAGUGAAGCAGAGGAAAAGGCUAGUGUUUUUUUUUUUUUUUUUUUUUUUUUUUUAAAUCAGACAUUUACGAUUCUUAUUAGAAGCAACGCAUUAACUACUGUGCUUAGUUUGAGGAAUCGUGUGCCUAGUCUCCAGAAAGACUAUUUUUAAGAAUUUCAGUUCUGACCCAUCCCAGAAAUGACAACAUCAGUGUUUUUCGGCUGUACGUUCAUCGCCUUUGGCCCAGCGAUUUCACUGUUCCUGUUUACAAUCGCCAGGGACCCUUUGCGGGUUAUCUUUUUGAUUGCAGGGGCGUUCUUCUGGCUGGUGUCUCUGCUGCUCUCCUCCCUGGUGUGGUUCAUCGCAGUUCAGAUCAGCAACAAAGAGAAUGCAUCUGUUCAGAAAGGACUUCUCAUCUUCGGAGUGGUGUUGGCAGUGCUGCUCCAGGAAACCUUCCGCUUCGGUUACUAUAAACUACUCAAGAGAGCUAGUGAAGGUUUGAUGGCUCUGAGUCAAGAAGAUGCAAUGCCCAUUUCUAUAAAACAACUGGCUUAUGUAUCUGGCUUGGGAUUUGGUUUCAUGAGUGGGGCAUUUUCAGUCAUCAACAUCCUGGCUGACUCACUGGGUCCAGGCACUGUGGGGAUUCACGGAGAUUCACAACAUUAUUUUGUAUCAUCAGCCUUCAUGACAAUGGCCAUUAUACUGCUGCACAUGUUCUGGGGAGUUGUUUUCUUCGACGCCUGUGAAAAGAAGAGGUGGUGGGCUGUGCUCAUAGUUGUUCUGAGCCACCUGCUUGUGUCGUGCCUGUCGUUCCUGAAUCCUCAGUAUGAAGGCAGCCUCAUCCCAGCCUACAUCGUUAUGUGUGUGAUGGGAAUGUGGGCCUUCUCCAGUGCGGGCGGCUCUUUCCGAAACCUGAAGCUGUGUUUAACAUGCAAGGAUAAGGAUUUCCUCCUUGCAAACCACAGGCCCAGAUAACGCUGGGGAUUCCAGGACACUUCUCACGAGAACUGUUUUGUACAAGGAUGGGUUCAGUUACAUCAACUCGUUGU